AUGGACUCUAAUCGAGUGACCCAAAAUCGCGCCCUGUGGCUAAGUUCGUUCGACAAGCCUCUGGAGCUAGUUGACCUACCCAUUCCUGAUGCAACAGUCGGCUCGGUGGUUGUACAGGUCCUCAACACUGUUAUUCAGCCCUACGCCGAGGAUAUCCACACCGGAAAAUUACCAGUGUUCAAUCUUUCUCUGCCUUUAGUGCCGCAUCCUAGCCACAUCGGGCGAGUACACGCCGUUGGGCCGGAUGCGGUGCGUGCGAAGCCCGGCGAUCUCGUCUUUUUCUCUGGCUCCAUCCAGGCGCGAGACGAUCCGGAUGUACGCAUCAUCCAAGGCCAUCAUGGUGGGGAAGGUGACGCUGGCCGGAAGCUCAUGCAAGGAGAGUGGCGUGACGGGGCUCUCCAACAGUAUCAAAAGGUGCCACUGGAGGCCAUCUUCGUGCUCAAUGAACAACGUCUGGUGGAAGAAUUGGGAUAUAGUCCUGCAGACCUCCACGAGCUGUCGUUCUACGUCAUCGGGGUUGGUGCUAUAUGUGAAGCAGCCAAAAUUCAAGCCGGUGAGACCAUCGCUAUCGGGCCAGCCACCGGUACUUUUGGUGGUAUUAGCAGCGACGUAGCGCUUGCAAGAGGCGCCUAUGUUAUCGCACUCGGCCGCAGUGAAGAGAAACUCCAACGGUUGGCCAAGCAGCUGGGAAACCAUGAUCGCUUCGGCUACGUUGUCAUGACUGGAGAUCAGGCGGCUGACGCAGCCGCAAUUAGAGAGGCUACUCCAGAGGGGCGUGGUGUCGAGGUGUUCAAUGACUGGGCGUCCGGCGAGUUGAAUGGAUCCCCGUUCCUCUCUGCGGCCAUUCGAGCUGUGCGCCCAGGGGGCAGGAUCGUUCUCAGCGGUGGCCCGGCUGGCGACCUUCAAGUGCCUUACACUCUCGUAAUGCACCUCAACCUCCAAAUCAUUGGGAAACUCAUGGUCACGAGGACUGGAGUGGAUCUGACCUUGAAGAUGGCCAACUCGGGAGUUCUCAAGCUCGGGAAGCGGGGUGGCUCGACGCACAAUGUCUACAGUCUGGAGCAACACCACGAAGCAUUCCGGUACGCAGCCAAAAACAGCGGAUUUCGGGUCUAUACAGAUAUUGCGCCCAACGCGUGGUGA